AUGUUAGACUCCAUCGAAGGUACCUCAAUUCAAGAAUUCAAUGUUGAAGUUAACAACUUAUUGGCCUGUCGAAUGUCAGAUUUAUAUCCAAAAUUUCUCAAAGCUGAGUUUGCUUAUAUCAGAAUAAGCAGAGAAUUCCCUAGAAGAAAUUUACUUUCUAUUGCUGCCUAUUAAGGAUUACAUCUUAGAUCCUACUCACAAUCACCUAGAAUUUUCAGAGUCUGAAUUUUCAAAGUUCUUAUUAGACGCGUAUGGCACACCCAAAAUCUUAGAAGAAGCAUUAAACCACACAAGGGACAUACCAGAAUUUAAGAUAAAAAUCAUCACGAAAAUUGUGAAAUGCCUCAACAGUUCUUAUCCAAAAGAUGUGAGUGAAGAUUUCUCUCUUCUAAAAGAGGAUUCCAAUUAG